UGUUUUACGGUGAAGCGCUCCCUUUAGCCAAGAGUUCUUGUGCUCCUAUUUGUCUCCCUUUCAUCUUUAAUAGCCACUAGCACUUGUUCCUUUGGGAAUCUGCAACUGUCUAUCCUUUCCAUCCUCUAUGAAGUUUACAUGUUUGAGCAAAGGCAGGGGCUUUCACUUCCCACCAUGCCACAUGCUGAAUUUUUGUGGGAUAAGGAUCUUAUUGGAUUGCCCACUAGACCUUUCUGCUCUAAUGGCCUUCUCUCCAGUACCCACUGAUUUGGAUUCUCUGCUAUUUGAUGAAAGCAAUGAAACUAAGGCCAGUGAUUUUCUUAAUUCAAGGGUUGGGUCUGGGAAGAGACAGAAAAUUGAAAAGCUCCUUGAUGCUAAAAGCUUACUUUUUGCAGAACCGUUGUACAAGACUGUUAAUAACUUGCACCUAUGGAAUGCCGCUUUCAUUGAUGUUGUAUUAAUCUCCAGUCCAAUGGGUAUGCUGGGAUUGCCUUUUCUUACUCGGAUGAAAGGUUUCUCAGCUAAGAUAUAUGUAACUGAAGCAUCAGCAAGAUUGGGCAAGCUAAUGCUGGAGGAUCUUGUAUCAAUGCAUGCGGAAUUCAGGCAGUUUUAUGGGCCUGGGGAGUGUAAUUUCCCAACAUGGAUGAGGCAGGAAGAGCUUGAAAUGCUUCCUUCUGAAUUGAGAGAAAUAAUCUUGGGAAAAGAUGGAGUGGAGUUGGGCAGUUGGAUGCCGUUGUACAGUGCAGCUGAUGUGAAGGAUUGCAUGCUAAAGAUUCGCACACUUAAUUAUGCUGAGGACGCUUGCUACAAUGGCACAUUGAUUAUAAAAGCAUUCAGCUCUGGUAUAGAAAUAGGAAGUUGUAAUUGGGUUCUAAAUAGUCCAAAGGGAGAUAUUGCUUAUCUUUCAAGCUCUAGCUUAAUUUCUGCUCAUGCAAUGACUUUUGAUUACCAGAGUCUACAGGGGACUUGUGCAUUAAUUUAUUCAGACUUCUCAUCCUUGAGUGAUGCAUCAGAUGUUGAGGAUGGGAAUAAUUACUCUGCUGUGAAUGCUGAUAAUUCAUCACCUAUGAGUUCUCAAGAUGUGGCUGGAUUCAACCUUAACUCUGAUGAGAAUUUAGAAGAUAAGGAAAAGCUAAUUUUCAUAUCCUCAUGUGCUAUAGAAAGUGUCAAAGAAGGGGGUUCUGUUCUAAUUCCUAUUAAUCAACUUGGAACUAGUUUGCAGCUUUUGGAGGAAAUGACAAAAUCACUUGAAGCUUCAGCCAUGAAGGUUCCGGUCUAUAUAAUUUCUUCAGUGGCCGAAGAAUUACUGGCAUUGCUUAACGUCAUACCAGAGUGGCUUUGCAAACAGCGGCAAGAAAGACUAUUCGCUGGAGAACCAUUGUUUGAACACAUCAAGCUCCUAAAAGAGAAAAAGAUUCAUGUCGUUCCGUCUAUUCAUUCCAAACAACUCAUAUUGAAUUGGCAGGAACCCUGCAUUGUAUUUUGUCCUCACUGGAGUCUGCGACUGGGUCCUGUUGUUCAUCUUCUUCGCCGUUGGUGUGGUGAUCCAAAAUCUUUACUUAUCCUUGAGGAUGUGUUGAAUCCUGAGCUAGCACUCUUACCUUUUAAGCCAGUAUCCAUAAAGGUUCUUCAAUGUUUGUUUCCCUCUGGAAUAGGGUUGCAGAAAAUUCAUCCUUUGCUAAAGAUGUUACAGCCAAAGACUAUUCUGUGCCCCGAGGAAUUGAAGUCACUGAUCAGUUUUUCAAGUGAAAAGUCUUUUUCAGUUUUGUAUUAUACUGAAGCUGAAACUUUGAAAGUGUCAUACCGAAAGGACAAUUUAGAGUUAAAAAUUGCAUCUGACUUGGCUUCCCAGUUUUAUUGGAAAACGUUUAUAAAGGAAGAAAUCAAUAUUGCAAGAUUAAAGGGGGAGCUAUUAGUGGAAAAUGCUAAGCAUCACUUGCUUUUGGACAAUAAUCAAAACAAUUCCUCAAGAGAUAGGCCUUUGGUACAUUGCGGUUUACCUGAUUCGGAAAAGCUUUUGGCUGCAUUAUCAAAUAUGGGCAUUAAUGCAUCUGUGGAAAAUAUUGUGAGUGAUGCCAAAUCACAAACUCGCUGUAUAAUUCACACACAUGACCCUUACAAGGCCUUGAUAGAGAUUGGAACCACUAGAACUAUUGUUACUACCGCUGAUGGGAACGUUGCUUCCCUCAUUUAUAAAACUCUCGAUAAUAUUUUGGAUCCGGUUUGAUAUGAUGGAUUUUCUCUUAUUGGUGUUUGUAAAAUCCUUGUAUCAGCAUGUUAUUUAUACUAUCAAUCAAUAACAUUACUAGCAUUUACUGCUACGUUAUUUGAUCAAUGGAAGAGAAGAAAUAUUCGCUAUUAUUCUCCCAAAUUCAAACUGCCGAG